ACAGAGCGCCGAAAUUUCGAGCAACCUAAAACUAAAAGUCAAACUAUCACACGGUACAUUUUGACGACGCUCUACGAGGAUAAACUCGACCUAAAGACAUGGCGACAGCAGUUGAUGUAGUAUACCGUAUCUUGUCGUGGAUUGUGACGGCCAUGUUUCUGAUGAGCAGCCUUAUAAAGGUCUCCCCUGCUCUCUUCCCAGAGAUGAACGCAGAAAUGGCUAAAACGUUUGUGCCUAUGGUGAGAGUGUGUCCUACCGCCUGGUUUGGAUAUGUCCCCCCUGUCUACAUCUACAUGGUAACCAUCGGUGCCUGGGAACUAUUUUGCGUCGGCGGAUUGUUCAUUAAGGCACUGCAGAAGACAGCUUACGGAAUUCUGACAGUGAUAAUGAUUGGAGCCGUUUACACACACAUUGCGAUUGGGGACUACAAAGGGGUCCCCGUCCCGCUCUUUUUGUUAGUGGCUUGUUCCCUGUUGUUUUCAAGAUCCUCAAACCAGUCGGUGAAAUUGAAAACAAAUUGAGGAAGACUAGUUUGAAUGCAAGAUGAUGUGUUAAAGACUCACCGCUUAUCCACAUCAUGGUACCUAUGUACAGGAAGAUCUAAAUACCUCAAAUCCCUCAAGGAGGAAGUAUUUGCAAAUGUUCGCGUCCAGUCCUUCUGUAUGUGCCAUGUUAUAUAUAAUGGCGAAAAUGUCACUGGACCAUAUAUCACAGAUAUAAAAUGAAUAUACUAACGAAA